CUUCGCACGAUCACGGCGUACAACAUCGAUCGUGUGAUCGGUUGUUAUAAAAGUCGCAAGGACAUAACGACGAGACAUUAGUCGAAAUCUAUAAACGCAACGCGCGAAGUCGUCUACUCUCUACACUGCGUAAAAUAAAUAAAUUUUUAAAAAAUUUUACAAACCAAAAAAAAAUUUAUAAGAAAAAAAAAUAAAUUAAACAAAUAUUUUCGUGAAAUAUUUAGAAAUAAAAUAAAGAAUUUACAGAAAAUUAAAUAAAAAUUUUUAAACAAAGUUUCAAAUACAAACACUAUUUUUUACAUACAAAUGAAUAAAGUGCAAAGUUUAAAAAAUCCAAAAGCUAAAAUAAAUAAUUUAAAUUAAAUUAACAGAAAAAAAAGAAAUCCUUAAAAUUUUAUAAUAAUGAAAACUUUUACAAGUUGUUAACAAAACAAAGGAAAUUACAAAAUAAAACAUUACAAAAUUUCUAAAAAGGUUUAAAAGCUUUAAAUACAUUUAACAAAAAAAAAAAACAGAAGAAAGGAAGAAAUUAACUGCCUUAAAAUGAUGACCGAUUCGUAUAUAAUAAAACUUUUGGUGCGCCAAUUUAAAACCAACGACAUGCAACAUUUACUAAUGGUUUUCAUAACCAUUCUAACCGCCAUUAGUUUCCUGCAAUGGCUGGUAAAUUUGUAUCGUGAAUUGCGCAAAUUACCACCCGGUCCUUGGGGCUUUCCUGUCAUCGGUUAUCUGAUGUUUAUGGGCAAUGAAAAACACACACGUUUCAUGGAAUUGGCCAAGAAAUAUGGUUCUCUAUUUUCCACCCGUUUGGGCAACCAAUUGACCGUGGUGAUGAGUGAUUAUAAAAUGAUACGUGAAUGUUUUCGCCGGGAAGAGUUUACCGGUCGUCCAGAUACACCAUUUAUGCAAACUUUAAAUGGAUUUGGUAUUAUUAAUAGUACUGGCAAAUUGUGGAAAGACCAAAGACGUUUUUUGCAUGAAAAACUACGUCAAUUUGGCAUGACUUAUAUGGGCAAUGGCAAACAUGUCAUGGAAAAAAGAAUUAUGACUGAAGUCCAUGAAUACAUACAUAAUCUAAAUGUUUCCGAGGGUCAGCCUAUGGAUAUGGCACCAGCCAUUUCCGUGGCCGUUAGCAAUGUCAUUUGCAGCAUUAUGAUGUCGGUACGUUUCUCCAUUGAUGAUCCCAAAUUCAGACGUUUCAAUUUUCUCAUCGAAGAAGGCAUGCGUUUGUUUGGUGAAAUCCAUACAGUAGAUUAUAUACCUACUGUGCAAUAUUUCCCCAGCAUAUUGACAGCCAAAAAUAAAAUCGCCAAAAAUCGUGAAGAAAUGCAGAAAUUCUAUCAAGAUGUCAUAGAUGAUCACAAGAAAACAUUUGAUGGCUCCAAUAUUAGAGAUUUGGUAGACUUUUAUUUGGCUGAAAUUGAAAAGGCCAAACAAGAGGGCAGAGAUGAGGAAUUGUUCGAUGGCAAAAAUCAUGAGGAACAAAUUGUGCAGGUGAUAAUUGAUUUAUUCUCAGCCGGCAUGGAAACAAUUAAGACCACUUUGUUAUGGAUUAAUGUUUUCAUGUUGCGCAAUCCCGAAGCUAUGAAACGCGUACAAGACGAAUUAGAUCAAGUUGUAGGCCGCCACAGAUUACCCUCCAUUGAGGACUUGCAAUAUUUACCUAUUACCGAAUCGACCAUUUUGGAAUCUAUGCGUCGUUCCAGCAUUGUUCCCUUGGCCACCACUCACUCACCCACAAGAGAUGUUGAAGUGAAUGGUUAUAAAAUUCCAGCCGGCUCUCAUGUUAUACCCCUCAUCAACAGCGUACACAUGGACCCCAAUCUUUGGGAAAAACCAGAAGAAUUCAAUCCUAGACGUUUCUUGGACUCAGAAGGUAAAGUACGUAAACCUGAAUACUUUAUACCCUUCGGUGUGGGACGCCGCAUGUGUUUGGGUGAUGUUUUGGCCAGAAUGGAACUUUUCUUGUUCUUUGCCUCAUUCAUGCACUCCUUUAACAUAACACUGCCCGAGGGACAACCGUUGCCCAGCCUAAAGGGUAAUGUGGGUGCCACCAUAACACCAGAAGCUUUUAAAGUGUGUUUAACACCCAGACCAUUGCAGUUAAAUACAACAACAAUAGAGCCUCAUCAUAUGCGCAAUGUAGGAUCAAAUUAAGUAAAAUAUUUAACUUAAAAGUAAAGAGCAGAGAUCCUUAUACCAGCCGUAAGCAACAUUGAGGCCAUUUCCAAAGCCAACGGAAUACAGGAGGAUAGCUAACAACCAAACUCAAAGCUUUACUUAAAACGCCAAGCUUCAUAGUAGUAUUUUUACUGUCACACCUUCGGCCUUAAUAUAUAAGUUUAAAGAAAGCUGUUGCAUAUGAGAGAGCAUUAAAAAAAAAACAAAAUAUGCAGAGCACGGUUUUGUUCCUGAAAGACGUUUAUUUCCAACAUCAACCAAACCAACCAACAACUCUUUGUCGUCGCUUAGAAAAAAAGAGUAAAAUUUUGAAAGUUAAAUGCCAGAGAAUUCGAAAGUUCACUUCCCAACAAAUAUUGGAAAGACAAGAUAAAAGAAUAGAGUAUGUCAAACAACAAAGAAAAACAUAGUCUAACUACAAAAGUUUUUCUUUUAAAAAGGCAAUAUCUUAUAAUUUGCCCAUAAAAUAUCCAACGAUGUAUAAUCAUUAUUUAUAAAAGAGAUUUUAUAGCCAAGAAAAAACAAACAAAAAAAUAGUUUAAUUAUUAUACAUUAUAUUUUUUUUAACUCCUCAACUAGUUCAAAAUAUCUAUUAACAAAUUUUAUACAACAAAAAAUAAUACAUAUACAUAUAAACAAAUUCUAUUCUUUGACCCCCUAGAAGCUGUGUUCAAUAAUCAACAUGUGUUUAAUUUUUAUUUAAACACAUGUAAAAAACAAACAAACAAAAAAUAUAUAUAUAUUUAUAAAAAAAAUAAUUAUAAUUAUUUAAAAUAUCUGUGGUUUAGUUUUUAUAACAAAAUGAUAAAAAUGAGAAUUAAAAAAAAAGAAAUUGUAAAAUCUUAAAAUGAGAGCGAGAAGCCAUAAGCGGCUUUUUGAAAGCUUUUCAAGAGCUUAAUCUACUCACUCUCAUUUGAAUUUUAAUUUUGUAUUUUUGCCUUGUAAAUAUUUAUCAUGCACAUUUUAUUAUCGUUAUUAAUUUUUUGUGUCUUUUUUUAUACACAAUUUUAGUAUUUAAACUGUCAUUACUUGUUCAUAAAUAAAUAUUUUCAUUUUAGUUGAAAAGAAAGAAAAAUCUUAAAGAUUCAUAGUGCCAACAUUUAAGCAUAAUAAUUGUAAUUAUUCUUCUAUCAUUUACCAUUUACAAAUAAGUCUAAGUUAAAAAUGCACAAAAAACAAAAACCAUUAAAAAACAGAACAAAAAACAAUUAAAAAAAACUUCUGUAAAUAUGUUAAUUUUUUAACAAAUUAUUUAAUUAAGACUUUCAUUUAAACAUUUAGUAUUUAAUUUAUGUUGUUUUGUUUGUUAAAUAGUAAUUAGUUCUUUACUCUAAGUUCGCCCUACCCCUCCCAUUUCACCAUAAUAAUGUUUGUAAAAAAUAACAUCAAAAAAAUUUUAAGAAAAAAAAAAAACAACCAAUAUUUAAUUAA